CCGCUCACCGCCCGACAUUUGACAUUUCCCCGCGUCAAUUUCUCUCCGACAUGUUUUAUAUCAGAUGUCUCAGAACUCCAAUAACGACAAAACGAAGAAACGCCAAGUACAUGUUUCCCACGCGGUUGCUUGACUCUCAAAAGAUUCGAUCCAUAUUGACAAGGUCGUGUGUCCGUGGUCGUCACAACAUUUACCCGCAUAUGCGCAUAGCAACCAUGGCUACAUCUUCAGUACACAAAUACCGUCCCGUCGUCGUAUCCGGUCCUUCAGGUACAGGGAAAUCGACUCUCCUCAAACGACUUUUUGCCGAGUAUCCGGAUACAUUUGGCUUUUCUGUUUCUCAUACCACCCGCGCCCCUAGACCAGGCGAAGAAAAUGGGAGGGAAUACUACUUCACGACAAAGGAGGAAUUCUUGAAGCUUGUGAGUGAGAAUGGGUUUAUUGAACACGCCCAAUUUGGCGGAAACUUUUAUGGAACCAGUGUCCAGGCUGUGAAGAACAUUGCUGAAAAGCAGAGGAUAUGUAUCCUUGACAUUGAGAUGGAGGGCGUCAAACAAGUCAAAAGAACAGACCUCAACGCGCGCUUCCUCUUCCUCUCCCCCCCAUCCCUCGAAGAACUCGAGCGUCGACUACGAGGGCGCGGUACCGAAACAGAGGAAAGCUUGAACAAACGCCUGGCACAGGCCAAGAAUGAAUUGAAUUAUGCGAAACAGCCCGGUGCACAUGACAAGAUCAUCGUUAAUGAUGAUUUGGAAAAGGCGUAUACGGAAUUGAGGGAUUGGAUUGUUGGUGGUGGGAAGUUUGGGGCUAGCGAGUGAUUCUUUUCCUGCAUAUAGAGUUGUUUUAUAUCGUGGCUACGUACAUAAGGAUAAUAAUACAUAUACCAUUAUGGGGCA